AUGGCCUGGCCCUCCCGGCGUCACAACGACCCUUCGCCGGAUCCAGCGAGGGAUGACCCCAGGAUCCAGCGUGAGGAGGCAGAAUUGACCAAGCGGGUGGAGAUAGCAACGACAGCGAGGAAACGGCUCUCCACAUGGGACCUCAUGACGCUCAGUGUCGCCAUGCUGGGUGCCCAAAUUGCCUGGACCGUCGAGCUUGGAUAUGGAACACCGUUUUUGCUAGGAUUGGGCAUCUCUGAGCAGUUGACGUCGCUUGUCUGGCUGGCAGGACCCAUCAGCGGCCUCAUCGCCCAACCAGUCAUUGGCGCUAUCUCAGACUCGUCGACGUCCAAGUAUCGUCGGCGCUUUUGGAUUAUAUCGUCGACGGUCGUCCUGGUCGUGACUACACUGGUCCUCGCCUACUGUGAAGCCAUCGCUGCGUUCUUUGUCGAUCUUUUUGGAGUCGGUGCCGGAGAUUGGGAUGAGCAGCGCAAUAUACAGGUCAAGAACGUGGCCAUCGGUUUCGCAGUAACAUCGUUCUAUCUAUUAGACUUUGCCCUCAACGCGCUUCAAGCAUCUCUGCGGAACCUUCUCUUGGAUGUCGCGCCCGCCUCCCAACUCAAUGCCGGCAAUGCCUGGCACGGUCGUAUGACUCAUGCCGGCAACAUUGUUGGAUUCGGAUUUGGAUUCUUCCCUUUAGCCAAGCUGCCCUUCCUGCAGAUAUUCGGGGGCAGCCAGUUCCGCAAGUUCUGCAUAUUGUGUAAUAUUAUUCUCGUCAUCACUGUUUUCAUUACAUGCUAUUGUCACGAAGAGCAAGAACGUGCUGCCAAUAACAAACCAUCCAGCAAAUUCCGUGAAAUAGUCGACAACAUAUAUACGGCAAUCAUCAAGCUCCCUAAAGCUGUACGGCGCGUGUGUUAUGUCCAGCUCUUUGCAUUCAUGGGAUGGUUCCCAUUCCUCUUUUAUUCUACCACAUACAUCGGGCAGAUCAUGGCUCAUGAGAUUGGCAAAGAACCUGACCGUGACGUUGCGGCACGGCGCGGCGAGUUAGCAAUGCUUCUGUAUAGCAUUGUGUCUGUCACUGCAGGCACCGUUCUUCCCAACUUGGCUAGCAGAGAUCGCAGACUGAUGGCGCACAAAGAGGAUGUUGACGAAGAUGCUGAACUUACCCGCAUUCGAAAUACAGUUUAUGAAUGGCGAGCAGAAGCCGCACGGAAAGGCAGACCUCUACGUCUACCUGUAAUGCCCUUCUUACUCCGGAACAUCUGGACGGGCGCAAUGUUAUGGUUCAGUCUUCUGACAUUUUCAACAUUUUUUGUUACGGAUGUUAUACAGGCAUCCAUAUUCGUCGCCCUCGUAGGUGUAUCUUGGGCCGUGGCAAUGUGGGCACCGUUCGCCAUCAUAAUGGAGUUGUUGAAAGACAUGGCUUCGCCGCCAGCUCCCAUCAGGUCACAUACUCGCACUCUAUCAACACCUCCGCGAAGGACCGUCUCCGAGCGCCAGCCUUUACUUCGCACUCGCUCACUGGAUGAAUAUGAAACGGAUGAGGAUGAAGUUCCGUCUGAAACUCAAGUUGCGGGAGGGACAAUUCUAGGUAUUCACAACUUGGCUAUCGUGAUGCCGCAAUUUGUGAUCUCAUUGGUCUCGAGCUUCAUAUUUCGAGUUGUGGACAAGGGUGCUGAUAACGACACCGUCUUUUACGGAAAGAACGGGGUAGCUUGGGUGCUUCGUUUUGGGGGACUGUGUACAUUAGCUGGCGCGAUGAUUGCUCGGAUGGUGCCUCCGACGCCUACGGAGAAGGCCAUGAGGCGGAGACUCGGUGAGAUGAAGUUGCUUCAAUCGACUACAGCUGCGUAA